AUGGGAGGUUUCGUGGGCUGCAGACCUACGCGGAUCAAACCCGGGAUUAGCCGUUUUACGCACGAUGAAGACAAUUUCAGCAGAGAAAAAUCAAGGGUGUACCUGGGUGUCCGAGUAAAGCUUACAGUCAAAGAGCUGCUGCAGAGGCACAGAGCCCAGGAGGCCAACAAAAAGAAGCUUAAAACGGCUUAUUUGGAAAUGAAGGACCUUUGCGCAACCACUUUACCACGACGGCACGUGGAUCCUCCUCCGGCCGCUCCCGAAACUGACGCAGGCAGCUGCGGCACGCGAGCCCUCCAGCUGCGCACAUCCCCCUUCCCCGUUCCUGGGAGUUCUGGUUGCGUCCAGAUGCAAGCGUCCUCAUUCAGCGGCAUCCAUCAGCCGUUUGGAGACGGGACGUUGCCAAGCGAUGGCUACAACGCCAUAAACAGAGGAGCCGCCCAGUACCACGCUCCUCUGCCUCCUCUACCGGCCUCCUCCCCGCUGCCCUGGUGCUCGGGCGCAGACUUCCACGGACACGGAAUGGCUGUUUCCUCAUCGUCCGAGUCUUUAACGAUCAGCAGGCCCAUGGACCACAACAGCUACUCACCGCAGGGCUCCAUCUCCUCUUCGUCCUCCUCCUGCUACGACUCGCCCACCAGGAUGGAUUCCAGCUAUUGCGCUCCUCCCUCAGAUUACUUUCCCCACCAGCACUACAGCACCCAACAGGACUAUGUGCCGGGCUGCUGGUUUGGCCAGCAGGAGAGCAUCCCUGCCCUCGAUGACACACCCUACUACAGCCCCACAGACUACCCCUACACCUGCUCCGUGGAGGAGAACUAUUUCAGGAAGGACAUCGCACUGAGCUCCGAGAUGUGUUACGAUAAUCUAUGAUAAGGAAUUUGUGCAGAGUGACUUUGUAUUUCAAGUGUAAAUAUGAAUCUCUUCCAGUACUUAGCAGGGCUGUUAGUCUGACGACUGUUUGGUGUAUCAGUUUGUUGGUCUGACUGGCUUUUGUUUCUGUGGAUUAAAUGAUUGGCACUCAAUAAAUAGGCUAUUAUUUUUCUAACUUUUUUUUUUUCCAGUCAAAUUUAUUUUGAUAAAAAUGUUGAAUAAAAUGAAAUAAACUCA